AUGGCAGAAUCUACCAAACUUUUUAUAUGUGAAGAGUGCGGAUACAGGACAACGUGCAGGGGCCACCUCACACGACAUGUCAGAAAACACACAGGAGAAAAACCCAUGAAGUGCGAUCAGUGCGACUAUUCUGCUGCACGAAGAGACCACCUCAAACAACACAUCAUGGUGAAACACACCGGUAAGAAGCCGUACAUAUGUGGUGAGUGUGGAUACAGGACUACCAAAAGUUCUUACCUAAUGAUCCACAUGAGAAAACAUACAGGGGAGAAACCUUACAAGUGUGAGAUAUGCCAAUACAGGACAGUUGACAAGUCUUCCUUAGCUGCACAUAUCAGAACACAUACAGCCCACCACGUUACGAUGAAGCACACCGAUGAAAAACGCUUUGUGUGUGGGGAGUGUGGAUACAAGACAGCUGACAAAACUUCCUUCAUUGUACACACAAGGAAACAUACAGGGGAAAAUCCGUACAAAUGUGACCAGUGCGACUACUCUGCUUCGACGAAAUACACUUUAGACCGACACGUAAUGGUAAAACACACUGGUGAGAAACCCUUCAUGUGUGGGGAGUGCGGACACAGGACAGUCACUAGGUUUGGCCUGACCCGACACAUGAGGACUCACACAGACGAACAUACCAAGAUAAAUCUCACCGGUGAGAAGCCCUACAUCUGUGGGGAAUGUGGGUACAGAGCCAAGAACAAGUCAUCCCUCAAUAAGCACACGAAAACACACAAAGGAGAGAAACCCUACAAUUACAAAUGUAACCAGUGUGACUACUCUUCUACACAGAAAUGCCAGAUGGACAAACACGUGGCGACGAAACACACCGGUGAGAGAUCUUACCUGUGCGAGAAUUGCGGAUACAGAUCAGCAACUCGCAACAAACCGUACCUAUGCGCGGAGUGUGGGUUCAGAACGGCGGACAAGUUUAACUUUUUACGACACAUGGGAACUCAUGGCGGCAGGAAACCCCACAAGUGUGACCAUUGUGAUUAUUCUGCUGCAAGGAAAGACCAAUUAAAGAAGCACAUGCUGAAGCACUAG